AUGGACAGCCAUAAUCCAUCACCGCCCCAUGUCUCUGAAGUAACAAUGGACGUUUCAUCCACAACUGGAGCAACUGGGAACAAAUUUUGCAGGGGUUCGUCUUGCGACUUCUCUGACACCUCGAAAGAUGCAAAGGAGAGAUCUGCGUCCAUCAGGAAGCUCCUGAUUGCGGUGAUCCUUUGCGUUAUAUUCAUGGCAGUUGAAGUGGUUGGAGGCAUCAAGGCAAACAGUCUUGCAAUCUUGACUGAUGCAGCCCAUCUCCUUUCCGAUGUUGCAGCGUUUGCCAUAUCUUUGUUCUCUCUAUGGGCAGCGGGUUGGGAAGCGACGCCUCAGCAGUCGUAUGGAUUUUUCCGUAUAGAAAUCCUUGGUGCAUUGCUUUCCAUUCAGCUUAUAUGGCUCCUUGCUGGGAUACUUGUCUACGAAGCUAUUAACAGGCUCCUUACUGAAAGCGGCGAGGUGCAGGGCUCCCUCAUGUUUGCUGUAUCAGCUUUUGGCCUGUUUGUUAACAUCAUAAUGGCAGUGUUGCUUGGUCACGACCACGGGCACGGCGGACAUGGGCACAGCCAUGGACAUUCACAUGACCACGAUCAUGGUAACGAAGAGGAUGACCAUUCCCAUCAUGAAGAUCAUGAGCAAGGUCAUGUACAUCGCCAUGGUACUUCUGUAACCAUCACAACUCAUCAGCACUCUCACUCAAGCAGUGGACUGCACCAUGAUGCUGAAGAACCGUUGCUCAAGCAUGAAGGUGACUGUGAGAGUUCAGACCAUGCUGGUGCUAAAGCUGUUAAGAAGCCUCGCCGUAAUAUCAAUGUACACAGUGCUUAUCUGCAUGUAAUCGGGGACUCUAUCCAGAGCGUUGGCGUAAUGAUCGGAGGGGGUCUCAUCUGGUACAAGCCUGAGUGGAAGAUCAUUGAUCUCAUAUGCACCCUCAUCUUCUCUGUGAUUGUGAUGUUUACCACAAUCAAGAUGGUUCGGAACAUACUUGAAGUUCUGAUGGAGAGCACGCCUCGAGAGAUCGAUGCCACCAGGCUUGAGAGUGGUCUUCUUGGAAUGGAAGGUGUGGUUGCUGUCCAUGAGCUGCAUGUCUGGGCCAUCACAGUGGGGAAGGUGCUGUUGGCAUGCCAUGUGACGAUCACACAGGAUGCGGAUGCUGAUCAAAUGCUGGACAUGGUCAUUGGGUACAUCAAGGGAGAGUACAACAUCAGUCAUGUGACCAUUCAGAUCGAGCGCGAGUAA